GAGAAAUUGAAUUUAAUAUUAAAUUCCAUUGAAGAUUGCAACAACAUUAAUAUUUCAAUUGAUCAAAAUGAUGAAAGUUCAGAAAUGAUGCAAAUGGAUGAAGAAGAUGAUUCACUUUUAAAUAUUGAG